CAUAAGAAUAAGACACAAGAGAGUAAAAACUACCAUUGGUCUUUAAUAGCACCAUUGGGUGUUUAAACUUGUGUCUCUCUAGGUCAUUGGCGGAGGGCAUCUGAGGUACUUUUGGCUCUGCCGAUGAUAUUUGGUUACUGCUCUUACCUCGGCUAUGAGGCAUAUCGAAAACAGGCUAGCAGAUGCUAAAAGCAGACUGUUAGCUACAGGCUCUAACAUAGAAAGGGCUGCUGCAUUUUGUUCGGAAAAAUACUUGGUAAAUCCUGGAGGCAAUACGCUCGAUGAAAGCUUGGAGUUAGCUACUCAGUCAAUAUGUGCAGUAGCUCGUGAGAUCAAUAGCUUCGCCAGCAGCUUCUUUGAGGCUCUUGAUUACGAGUCAUGCCAGAUUGGUAAUCUGUCGGACAAAAUUUCCAAACUAAAAAUGGUAUGCAAUAUAUAUCAGGAAAAAGUUGCACGUAAGGCUGUUGGGUCCUGCACAGUUUCAAGGGUACCGGUCGUCUAUCAACAUGAAGCGGUGGUUCCUGAACCUCCUCAAAAGUACAUACGCCAGCCAAUUAACUUUUCCAUUCUGGAUAACAUUGGUCAUGGUGUAGCGACUCAGGAACCGAUCCCUAAUCAAUAUGGACAACCGUUCCUCCAAGCUGCCACCCUCACUCGACGAAGUAGUGCUUCAGUUAGUGGUCAACUUCCUAAUCGACAGCAUAAUACAGUGUCGUGUCGUACAGUAAAUCCAAAGCCAUGCCUCGAAUAUGCAGCACCAGCGAAUAGUUUGAGAACACAAGGUGGGACAGUUGGAAGAGCACCUGUAAUUUGUCGUGGUGGUAUGUUGCCUCCCCAACAAUUUUUAAAUGCUGGUGGAAGCACGGUAAUGCAGCAUUUAGCUGGAGGAGGAGGAAACAGUACAGGCGUUAGUAAUAUGUCAUCUUCAAACUAUGCUUCAGUCACUAUUUCCAACAUGAACAGUCGUAAUGCUAACCCAGAUGUUUCAUCUGCUACAGCAAGCAAUGUUCGAUCACGUAUGUCAAGUGGAUCUUCUGGUGCAGGAUCCAGUGCUAUACAGUAUCAUCAUGGUCAUUAUGCAUCCAGUCAGCCUCAUAUCCAGCCAUCCAAUUGUGAGCAGCUAAUGCACACCUAUGUUAAGCCAACUAUUCAAUCGCAAUACAUGGCUUCACAAAUCACCCACUCCGUUGUCAGUGGAUCAGUAACUCACUCUAUGCAUAACUCUCAUGAACAACAGCAUAACUCGCUUCCUGACAGAAGUGAAGUAAUGUUAACUGGCACACCGCAUAUACCACAAAGUCAACAAAACAAAUGGAUUAAUUCAGCCCAAACUGCUGAUUCUUCUGAGAUUUCUGAAUCACAGCAACUGCAACAACCAGUUCAGCAUCAGCUCCAGAUGCAACAAAACAUUCGAGAUUCGGUGGUAUACCAAAGACAAACAAGUGCAGAGAUGAAUAAGAACAUUGCCAAGAUAAACAAUUUAAGUAUUUCUAGUCAGGCAGUUCAAAAUCUUCAAACACAGAAUCAAAAUGUCAGUGGUAAGACUGUGGAUGAACCAUGCGAUGAACACCUAACAAUACCACCACCUGGAGCGUUCUGUUACGAAAAUGAACAAGAUUCUCAAGCUGGGAAAACCAAAGAACAAGAAAUGAAUUUUGCUGACUCACUUACCAUUCAAAAUAAUCGACAAAUACCACGACAACCUGAAGACCCAGCUUGGGCGCCUGAUUUCUAUAUGGAGAAAGUGAUCACAAUGUAUGAGUAUGUGCGCGAUAAGGACGAUGAACUGACAUUUACAGAAAACCAAAUAAUAUAUGUGAUCAAGAAGAACGAUGAUGGUUGGUGGGAAGGGAUUAUGAAUGGUAUAACCGGAUUGUUUCCAGGAAAUUAUGUGGAGCCAUUCGGCACAUAAUGAUUAUCAUCAUUAUUAUCCUAGGCAUUAUUGAUUGUGCAAUUUCUUAAAUCAGCUUCUGAACUACAAUAAUUUUAAUCUUAUUCAACUAUCAAUCAACACACUUUAAUUUACUAAAUAUACUUAAUUAUUUUCAAUCACUAAUUUUUUUGCCAAAUUAAAAUCAUUAUUAUCAGCAUAUUCACUGUCUUCUGAGGUUUCCGAGUAUUGUUCUUCGUCUCCACUAGUAUCAUCUUCGUCUGAUGAAUAGUUGUCUGUAUACGCUUGCCGACCAUACUCGUAAGUGCGAACUAAAAUAUGAAAAAGUGUUGUUUUUAGAUAAAUCAGAAAAAUUGGUUUAGUUUUAA